AUUAACGGAGGUGCUAUAUUGUGGACCGCUGAAUGGAAGAAGACAGUUCAGUGGUUUAGAAGUUCGGUGGCCGUUUGUGGAGCGGGUAGUGUGUACUUUAGUCUGUCAGACGAGUACCCGAAGAACGGGAAGAGAAGGGAGGGAGAGAUGGGACGGCGUUGGACGGCAGUUCUUGUGGCGCUCUCUACGUGUUUCCUAUUGGUGAACGGCCAACUCGACUGGUUCGUGCGGAAGUCGGAGCUAUCCAAGCUACAAGUCGAAACCACGGAAGAUGAGUUCUACCUGAUAAGAAACGGGGAUUUUCAGAUCCCGUCUCGUAUACUGGUCCUCACGGAGCAGGGGAUGAGUGAGGGGGUCAACUUCCACUGGGUGCUGAGGUCGUCACCGUUCCAGUUCUUGAAAUACGAGAUCACGUCCACGGUCGAAAACCCAGAGAUAGCGAGAGUCGAAUAUACCGGCAUUUCAUCAAUGGACGUCUUUAACGAAGACAGCGAUUUCACGAUCACGUUCCCGUGCCUGCAGACCUCGGCGUCCCCUGUAAACAUAACUCUCAGCUUCUCUCUCUUCGACCCCCAAAACGUGAAGACAGUCUUCAAGAUCACGGGGCUCAGGACGUGCAACUGCUCCGUGCAGACUUGCGUCUCCGAAACCGACACCCCGACUAGCGACGAAGGUGGAGAUUCGAACUCAACAAGUUCGAUUUUCUUUGCCGUCAUCGGGACAGUUGGAGCUCUGAUUCUGGCGGUGGUGUGCGUGGCGGUCAUAUACCAGUGUGUGAUGCUGGCCACAUGGUCCCGCAGAAACAGACAACCGUCUGGGGAAGAAGAACUCCCCAACUGGGAAGACGUAAUCCCGUCACCUGCCACCCACAUGGUGACCCUCACCUCUCCCCUCCCCUCCUCCACCCUCCCUCCCCACGCCUCUCUCUCCUCCUUCUCAAACAGCCCGCGCACCUCAAAGAGCUACCAUCACGGGAGCCUCAAAAUGUACAUGAGUCUGCUGCCGCUGAAAGGACUGUUUGUCGAUAGACAGCGGAUUUCCAUUGGACCUGCUAUCAAAGACGGAGUGUUUGGUGUGAUGUACGACGGUUACCUUAGCAAUGCAGAGGAUGAUCCCGAAGGGGCUGUUCCUGUAAUUAUCAAAACAGUCAAAGAGAACACGCCAGACAUAGUGGUCAACUCUCUACUGGAGGGAGGCACGGCCCUGCGACCAGUCACUCAUCGCCACCUCCUCCGCCUGGUGGCCUACAACUAUUUAGAGGGUGAACAGCCCAUGCUGCUCUACCCCAAGAGUGCCCUGGGAACUCUCAAAUCUCUUCUUCUCAACACGAGGGAGACCAGGACUUGUAUGUUGACCACGCAAGACCUGGUGUUCAUAUCCAGUCAGAUCUCUCGUGGAAUGUACCAUCUCAUGAGACACGGACUCACUCACAGAGAUCUGGCCACAAGGAACAUCUAUGUUCAUGAGAACCUGCUAGUAAGGAUAGGAGACAGAGGUCUAUCCUGGGACCUCUACACUGAGGAGUACCACAGACUGCCAGACGGAGAGAUGGCUCCCGUCAAGUGGAUGGCAGCCGAGGUCCUGGCAGAGAGGAAAUACUCUCAUUAUUCAGAUGUGGUACGUAACACUGCCACACACUCUGGUAUAUGGUUUAUUAGGGUUGAAACCCUCUCUAAGGACAACCCUGAAACGAGGACACCUCCCCCCCCCCAAGAACGGUAUUUGCAUUAGGACAUCUCACUUGAUGGACAUUUUUUCUUGCAAUUUUUGUUAACCCCGAAAAUCCCCCGAAAAAUGUAUCGUCACUGUAUGUACCAUAUGAGACGGUUGCAUAUCUACCCUCGCCAGUGGUCAUUUGGUGUGGUGCUAUGGGAGGUGAUGACACUGGGAAGAAUCCCAUACGAAGAUGUGCCUCCAGAGGACAUGCUCUCUGUCCUCACCACUGGUCUCAGACUGGAACAACCCAAGAACUGUCCUGAAGACUUGUAAGCUCUUUCACCUCUUUGCGGAGGAUCCGUGUAUGGGAUGUCUUUCACCUCUCUUUCUCCUGCCUCCCCUUCACACUCUCACACACUCCCUCUCCUAUCUAGAUUUGUCCUGAUGGGCUGGUGCUGGGCACUAACACCUACAGACAGACCAAGAUUCAGCCACCUAACACUCAGACUCAAAGACUUCCACGAAAAAAUCAGUGCUUUCAUCUAGAAUAUAUGUCUGUGUCCCUUCACUGAACUGACCAAUCACAUCACUCCACAUCAUGUGACAUCACAUGACCUCAUCACUAGCAGGCAUCUUCAUCCUCAGUUUUCCACAACUCUUAACUUUGUUCCUUUCUCC